ACAAGCCGGAGAAGAGAUGGCGGCGUCUGCGUUGGCCACUGCCGUGGAGGAGGACUGGGUCCUUCCCUCUGAAGUUGAAGUGUUAGAAUCUAUCUAUCUGGAUGAACUACAAGUGGUUAAAGGAAAUGGAAGAUCUUCACCAUGGGAGAUCUACAUCACCCUACACCCUGCCACUGCAGAGGACCAGGACUCACAGUAUGUCUGCUUCAUUCUGGUGCUUCAGGUCCCAGCACAGUAUCCCAAUGAGGUGCCACAGAUCUCUAUCCGGAACCCCCGAGGACUCUCAGAUGAACAGAUCCACACAUACAUUUAUUUUCAUCUCCCAAGAUGAAUUUAAAGUGACUUACCGAGAGAAAAUAAAUUGGAUUUGGAAGCCAGGAAGAUCAAACUUGGGGGAGGGUUGGGGAUGUGGAGAAGGACUGGUUCCAAGCAAAGGGAGCAUCACCAAGACAAAUGCAUCAACACGAGUCAACAAACUGGUUUGGGGGAGUCAGUCCGGCCAAUUGACAGUGGUCGAGUGGUCAACAGGCUUGGCUUACAAUUCUUGCUCCUGCCUCUGUUUGAGCGGUGUCUUCUCUCCUCAGAAAGGGAAGGAAAUUCUCACAGAUAACAACAUUCCCCAUGGCCAGUGUGUCAUCUGCCUGUAUGGUUUCCAGGAGAAGGAGGCCUUUACCAAAACACCCUGUUACCACUACUUCCACUGCCACUGCCUUGCACGGUACAUCCAGCACAUGGAGCAAGAGCUGAAGGCUCAAGGACGGGAGCAGGAGCAGGAACGGCAGCAUGCUGCAACCCAACAGGAGGCAGUUGGCGUGCAAUGUCCAGUGUGCAGAGAGCCCCUCGUCUAUGAUCUGGCCACACUGGAAGCAGCCCCUGAGCCCCAACAACCCAUGGAGCUGUACCAGCCUGAUGCAGAGAGCUUGCGCCAGCAAGAAAAGCGCAAGCAGCUUUACCAGAGACAGCAGGAGCGGGGGGGCAUCAUUGACCUUGAGGCUGAGCGUAACCGGUACUUCAUUAGCCUCCAGCAGGCUCCUGCCCCUUUGGAACCAGAGUCAGCUGUAGAUGCCUCCAGAGGAUCCCACCCGCCCAGUGCCCUUGCCACAGAACUGUCCACCUCAUCAACUGCCCAACCCACCCUGUCAACUCUUCUGCCUGUGGCCUCCCAACACACGUGUGAGAAGAUUUCAGGGGCUGGGCCCAAUCAGCAGAGGUUGGGCAAGACCCAGAAAGCUAUGCCAGAUCCUCCCCGGGCCAGUCAAGACCCCUGGCAACCGCCUGAACGGUGGCACCUGAAGGGAGGGGAGUGUUGUGCUCCCAAAGGUACCAGUGACACUCAGGAACUGCCACCUCCUGAGGGGCCCUUCAAGGAGCCCACAGACCUAAACCAAGGGGUUCAAGGUCAUCCCCAAGAGAAGGGGCCUGGCAGCCGGCAGGGACCCCCACCCCGCAGGACUCGGGACUGUGCUCGUUGGGAGCGCUCCAAAGGUCGGACACCGGGUUCUUCCUACCCCCGCCUGCCUCGGGGUCGGGGAGUCUAUAGGCCUGCUAGUCGGAGAGAGCACCUGGGCCUGGAACCUGAGGAUGGUUCCUAGCAGUACUGUGGGUGGGGUGGGGAGUCUG